AUGCCCGUGGAGGCGAAGCAUUCCGCCGUUCCGGAGGCGAAGGGCCUCUUCGACCCGGGAAAUGAUCGCGACGCGUGCGGCGUCGGCUUCGUCGGGGAACUCUCCAAGACGCCGUCCCGCCAGAACGUCACGCAGGCGCUCGAAAUGCUCGUCCGCAUGACCCACCGCGGCGCGUGCGGCUGCGAGGAGAACACCGGCGACGGCGCCGGCAUCCUCGCCUCCAUCCCCCACGACUUUUUCCAGCAAAAGUGCGCCUUCGAUCUGCCCCCCGCGGGUGACUACGGCCUCGGCAUGUUCUACCUCCCCAAGGACGACCCAGCCGCCCGGGGCGUGUGCGUCAAGGCUGUCGAGGCGGCCUGCGCCGAGCUCGGUUUCGACGUCCUGGGAUGGAGGGACGUUCCCACGGAUUCGGCCGCGGCGGAUCUGGGCGAAUCCGCGCUCGCCACGGAGCCCGACGUGGCGCAGCUGUUCGUGGCGCCCAGGGAUGGCGAUCGAUCCGCGAUUCCCCUCGAGACUAGGCUGUACGUGCUCCGCCGUCUGGCGACGGUGCGCACCAAGCAGGCGCGCGGCGCCCCCGCGGACGACGUCCUCGACGAUUUUUUCGUCUGCUCCCUGAGCUCGAGGACCGUGGUGUACAAGGGGCAGCUCAAGCCCGACCAGGUCAUGCCCUACUUUUCCGACCUUCAGGACGAGUCGUUCACCGCGUACCUGUCCUUAGUGCACAGCCGCUUCUCCACGAACACGUUCCCGAGCUGGGACCGCGCGCAGCCGCUGCACAUGAUGGGGCACAACGGCGAGAUCAACACCCUGAAGGGCAACUCCAACUGGAUGCUGGCGCGCGAGGGUCUCAUCGACGUCACCGAGAAGCUCGGCGUCUCCGAGGCGCUUCAAGCCGAGCUCGCGCCCACCAUCGAGGGCGGCCUCUCGGAUUCCGGCGCCUUCGACGCGGUCCUCGAGCUGCUCGUCAAGGGCGGCGGCAGGAGUCUGGCUGAGGCUAUGAUGCUCAUGAUCCCCGAGGCUUGGCAGAACAACCCGCACAUGGACCCCGCUCGACGCGCCUUCUACGAGUUUCACUCCGCGGUGAUGGAACCGUGGGACGGCCCUGCGCUCGUCACCUUCACCGACGGCGUGCAGGUCGGGGCCACCCUCGAUCGCAACGGCCUCAGGCCCGGGCGGUUUUACCUCACCAAAACCGGCCGCAUCGUCAUGGCGUCCGAGGUUGGCGUCGUGGACAUCCCGCCGGAAGAAAUCGAGCAGAAGGGCCGGCUCCGACCGGGAAACAUCCUUCUCGUGGACUUCGAUAAGGGCACCAUCCUGCAAGACGCGGACAUGAAGGCGAAGAUCGCCGCCAAGCGCCCUUACGCCGACUGGGUAAAGAACCAGGUGAUUGAACUCGACCACCUCGUCGCAGAUGCCGGCGCGGUGGCCAAGCCGGCCAUCAGCGGCGCCCGCGACGAAGCCGAUGGCGUCAUCGGUCUCCUCGCGCCCCUGCGCGCCGCCGGGUUCACGCGCGAGGCGCUCGACAUGAUCCUGCUCCCCAUGAUUGGCACCGGGUCCGAGGCGUUGGGUUCUAUGGGCAACGACGCGCCCCUCGCGGUGAUGUCCGAGAUUCCCAAGCUCACCUACGAGUACUUCAAGCAGAUGUUCGCGCAGGUGACCAACCCGCCGAUCGAUCCCAUCCGCGAGGAGGUGGUGACGUCGCUCGAGUGCAUGGUGGGUCCCGAGGGCGACCUCGUGACCACGCAGGAGUCCUCCGCGCACAGGCUGAGGCUAAGGUCCCCGCUGCUCACCGUCGAGCAGAUGGAGGCGAUCAAGUCCAUGGACCACAUGGGCUGGACCAGUCGCGUCCUUGACGCCACCUACGACGUCAAUGAGGGCACCGCGGGGCUCGAGAGGACGCUCGACAGGCUCGCAUUGGAGGCUUCCGCAGCCGUGGCGGAUGGCGUCGCUUGCGUGGUCAUCUCCGAUCGCGCUCAGGGACCAAGCCGAGUCGCCGUGUCCUCCCUCCUCUCGUGCGGAGCCGUGCACCACCACCUCGUGCAGAAGCUCGAGCGCACGCGCGUCGCCAUCCUGCUCGACAGCGCCGAGGCGAGGGACGUGCACCACUUUUGCACCCUGACGGGAUUCGGAGCUGACGGCGUGUGCCCUUACCUCGCCAUAGAGGCUGUCGGCAUGCUCCGCGAGGAUAACCUCGUGCCCAACGCCCCGGGCUCCGACUCACCCGCGCCGAUCGAGAAGCUCGUCGACAACUACUUCCACGCCGUUGAGCACGGAAUGCUCAAGGUGUUCGCGAAGAUGGGAAUCUCCACCUUGGCGUCCUACAAGGGGGCGCAGAUUUUUGAGGCGCUGGGGCUCAACUCUGACGUAGUCGCCAAGUGCUUCAAGGGGACCGUGUCUCGCGUGGAGGGCGUCGGGUUCGAUCAGCUCGCCGCAGACGCGCUCGCCAUGCACCACAUGGGCUUCCCCGCGCGCGAGGCCGCGCCCGACGGCAAGGCUGAGACGGCGACUCUUCGCAACGCCGGCGAGUACCACUGGCGCGGGGAGAAGGACGGGGUGCCCACGGAGCGACACCUCAACGACCCCAAGGCUAUCCAGCACCUGCAGGCUGCGUCGAGGCAAAAUUCGCCGGAUGAGUACCGAAAGUACGCGGACAUCACCGACGAGCUCAACAAGGGGUGCAACCUCAGAGGUAUGAUCACGUUCAAGUCUGAUCGGGAGCCCGUGCCCGUCGACCAGGUUGAGCCCGCGAGCAACAUCGUCAAGAGGUUCUGCACCGGGGCCAUGUCCUACGGUUCCAUCUCCCUGGAGGCGCACAGCACCCUGGCGCGCGCGAUGAACCGCCUCGGCGGCAAGUCCAACACCGGCGAGGGCGGCGAAAACCCGCGGCGACUCGUCCCCCAGGCGGACGGCUCCCAAAACCCCGAGCGGUCCGCGAUCAAGCAGGUUGCCUCUGGUCGAUUCGGCGUCACCGCUUACUACCUCUCAAACUCCGACGAGAUUCAGAUCAAGAUGGCGCAGGGCGCCAAGCCCGGCGAGGGCGGUGAGCUCCCCGGAACCAAGGUCCAGGGCGACAUCGCGGUGACCCGCAUGUCCACCCCGGGCGUCGGGCUCAUCUCCCCGCCGCCGCACCACGACAUCUACUCCAUCGAGGACCUCGCGCAGCUGAUUCACGACUGCAAGAACAGCAACCCGAGCGCGCGGGUCAGCGUCAAGCUCGUGUCCGAGAACGGCGUCGGCACCAUCGCCGCGGGCGUGGUCAAGGGAAAGGCUGACCACGUUCUCAUCUCCGGCCACGACGGCGGCACGGGCGCGUCGCGAUGGACCGGGAUCAAGAGCGCGGGGCUCCCCUGGGAGCUCGGUCUCGCCGAGACGCAGCAGACGCUGGUGGCCAACGACCUCCGCGGCCGCACCGUGCUUCAGACGGACGGGCAGCUCAAGACGGGCCGCGAUCUCCUCGUCGCGACCCUGCUGGGCGCCGAGGAGUGGGGGCUCUCCACCGCGCCGCUGAUGACGAUGGGGUGCAUCAUGAUGCGCAAGUGCCACAAGAACACCUGCCCCGUCGGAAUCGCCACGCAGGAUGAGGAGCUCCGAGCCAAAUUCGCCGGACACGAGGACGACGUCGUCAACUUCUUCUUCCUCCUCGCCGAGGACCUUCGAGGCCACAUGGCUGCCAUGGGGUACACCUCCGUUGACGAACUCAUCGGCCGAAGCGAUUUGCUCAUCCCCGACGCGGAGGUUCUCGGCUCCCGCGAUAAGCUCCACGGCAUCGACCUCUCCAAGAUCCUCACGCCGUCCGCGUCCAUCCGACCCGGCGCCGCGGUUCGCAACGUCACCGUCCAGGACCACGGCCUGGAACUGGCCCUCGACAAGACGCUCAUCGAGGUUGCCAAACCGGCGAUUGAGAAGGGCGAGAAGGUGACUUUCGCGGGUGCCGUGUCGAACGUUAACCGCACCGUCGGCUGCAUGCUCUCGCACGAGGUGACCAAGAAGUACGCCGCGGCGGGACUUCCCGACGGGACCAUCGACAUCAAGCUCGAGGGCAGCGCGGGCCAAUCCCUCGGCGCGUUCAUGUGCAAGGGCAUCACCAUUGAGGUCACCGGCGACGCCAACGAUUACGUCGGCAAGGGCCUCAGCGGCGGCCACAUCGUCGUCAAGCCCCCCGACUCGGCCACCUUUAACGCGCACGAGUCCAUCGUCAUCGGCAACGUCGCGCUCUACGGAGCCACCGCGGGCAAGGCGUUCUUCCGCGGGGUGGCUGCCGAGCGCUUCUGCGUCCGCAACUCGGGCGCUCAGGCUGUGGUCGAGGGCGUGGGCGACCACGGGUGCGAGUACAUGACGGGUGGGUACGUCGUGAUCCUCGGGCCCACCGGCCGCAACUUCGCCGCGGGAAUGUCCGGCGGGAUCGCCUACGUGUACGACCCGCACGGCGCGUUCCCGAACAACUGCAACCGCGGCGAGGUGGACCUGUACGAGAUUGAGGACGCGGAGGAUUCCGAGAUUGUCCUCGGGCUCGUCGGCGAGCACCAGGCGAGGACGGGGUCCACCGUCGCCGCCGAGAUCCUCGCCGACUGGUCGAAGGCCAAGUCCAAGUUCGUCAAGGUUUACCCCAGGGACUACAAGAAGGUCAUGGAGGCGAAGAAGGCGAAGGAGGCCAACGAGCGCGAGGAGGCUGAACUCAAGGCGCAGAAGAUUGACGACGCCUUUGCAAAGCUCAAGUCGAUGUCGUCCGUCGCCGAUAAGGAGCUCUCCAGCAACAUCGUGGUGUCCAGGCCCACGCAGCUGGACGCGCCGUCCAAGGUUCGCGGGUUCGUCGAGUACGAGCGCGAGGCGCUGGGCUACCGCGACGCGACGGAGCGCCUGAAGGACUGGAAGGAGGUUCACAGGCACGACCCGGCGGAUGCCAUCAAGCCCCUGCUGUCCACCCAAUCCGCGCGUUGCAUGGACUGCGGCACCCCGUUCUGCCACCAGACCCACACGGGUUGCCCGCUCGGUAACAAGAUCCCCGAGUGGAACGAGCUCGUGCACCAGGGCCGGUGGAGGGACGCGCUCGAUCGGCUCCACGAGACGAACAACUUUCCAGAGUUUACCGGCCGCGUGUGCCCGGCGCCGUGCGAGGGCUCGUGCACCCUGGGCAUCAUCGAGAACCCGGUGACGAUCAAGUCCAUCGAGUGCACCAUCGUCGACCGCGGGUUCGACGAGGGCUGGAUCGUCCCCAAGCCCCCGGUCAAGCGCACCGGCAAGAAGGUGGCCGUCAUCGGGUCCGGCCCCGCGGGUCUCGCCGCCGCGGACCAGCUCAACAAGGCUGGCCACCUCGUCACCGUCUACGAACGCGCCGACCGCGCCGGGGGCUUGAUGAUGUACGGCGUCCCCAACAUGAAAGCCGACAAGAUGGAGAUUGUCCAGCGACGCGUCGACCUCCUCGCCGCCGAGGGCAUCGUCUUCGUCACCAACGCGCACAUCGGCACGGAGGGUCACCCCAGCAUUCACGACAUUCGCGACGAGUGCGACGCCGUGGUGUUGGCGUGCGGCGCCACGAAGCCGAGGGACCUCCCGGUGGAGGGCCGCGACCUCGAGGGCGUACACUUCGCCAUGGAGUUUCUUCACGCGAACACGAAGAGCCUCCUGGACUCCAACCUGAGCGACGGUAACUACAUCGACGCCGAGGGCAAGAGCGUGGUGGUCAUCGGCGGCGGUGACACGGGCACCGACUGCAUCGGCACCUCGCUCAGGCACGGGUGCAAGAGCGUCGUCAACUUUGAGCUCAUGACCAAACCACCCGACGUACGCGCGCCCGGGAACGAGUGGCCCCAGUGGCCCCGCAUCUUCCGAGUCGACUACGGUCACGAGGAGGCGACCGUCCGAGACGGCAAAGACCCGAGGACCUACGAGGUGCUCACCAAGGAGUUCAUCCCCAAGGCGGAUGGCUCGGGCAAAAUCGCCGGGGUGAAGACGGUUGGCGUUCGGUGGGUCAAGGACGAGGCCACCGGCCGGAUGAACUUCGAGGAGGUGGAGGGCAGCGAGAAGGUGUGGGAGGCCGACCUCGUGCUCCUCGCCAUGGGUUUCCUCGGCCCGGAGCAGACUUUGGUGGAGAAGCUCGGUCUGGACGUGGACCAGCGGAGCAACUUCAAGGCUGAGUUUGGCGAGUUUGAGACGUCCGUGCCCGGGGUUUUCGCCGCGGGCGACUGCCGGCGCGGGCAGUCGCUCGUGGUCUGGGCCAUCUCCGAGGGCAGAGGCGCGGCUGCCAAGGUCGACGCCUAUCUCAUGGGCGCUGACGCGACCCUCGGUGCUUUCGACGCGAGCGGCGCGGCGGACGGCAAGCCCCUCCCCGCGCGUUGAGCGGGUGCAUAGUGUAUAUCUGCCUUGAGUAAUUGUUUUUUUAUUUAAUUCAAGCCUCUGCGAGGAA